GUACUGAUGAGGGAUGAGUCAGGCUAUAUGAUGCUGAUGAUGCUGCCAUUUCAUCAGCAAAUUUUUACAAACAUUCUUUCAUCCAUUAUCAUGAGGUCGAAGAUUUCGAUUGGGUACAUGGAUUUUUGAUCGAAAUUGAGAAUAUUUGCUCACCCGUUUGUUUAGUGUUUAUGCUUCUCGUGGAGUGAUUGCACGAAACUAGUAGCAUCGGCUUUUAUUUGUAACCAAACGUGCCCGGAUGUGUGUGUGUGUGCGGAUGCUUGGCUUCAGGGACGCCGCUCGUUUUGCACACCGACCCACAAUGAAGAUCAUGGGUUUGGCCUUUGCAAGACAUUAAGAAGCUCGACUGAGAUCUCAUGAGAUAUGGAAGCUAUAUGGCUAUACCAGUUCCGAUUGAUUGUCAUUGGCGACUCGACCGUGGGCAAAUCUUGUCUGAUCAGACGUUUCACAGAGGGGCGUUUUGCACAGGUGUCGGACCCCACUGUUGGAGUGGAUUUCUUCUCCCGCCUGGUGGAGAUCGAACCAGGCAAACGCAUCAAACUGCAGAUCUGGGACACAGCUGGACAAGAGAGGUUCAGGUCUAUCACCAGAGCUUACUACCGUAAUUCAGUAGGUGGCCUACUGUUGUUCGACAUCACCAAUCGACGCUCCUUCCAGAAUGUCCACGAGUGGCUGGAGGAGGCGCGCAGCCAUGUGCAGCCACACAGCAUCGUCUUCCUGCUGGUGGGCCACAAGUGUGACCUGGAGCCGCAGCGGCAGGUGAGCCAGCAGGAAGCGGAGAAGUUGGCAGCGGCCUACGGCAUGCGCUACGUGGAGACAUCGGCACGUGACGCUAUUAACGUCGAGCGGGCUUUCACCGAGCUGACACGUGACAUCUUCGAGCUCGUCAAGCAGGGCGACAUCACCAUCCAAGAAGGCUGGGAGGGGGUGAAGAGUGGCUUUGUGCCCAAUGUGGUGCACUCGUCUGAGGAAGUGACCAAGAGUGAUCGCCGCUGCCUGUGCUGAUUGACCAUGCCCUGCAGCUGCAUCAUGCUUCUCCUCUGCAAACCCAGUCAUAUUGUGUUCCCUCAGCUUGGCCUCUUACACUGCCUUCUUGACCGGUGAGCUCCUGUACACAGCUGUACAUAGCAGAACCCAGAUCCAUUUUAGGACACGUUCUAGGUUCCUUCGACCUCACUCUUGAGUAGUUCUGCACAAAACCCAGGCCUUGAUCUUGUUCAAAAAUCUGUUUUAUGUUAACAAAAGCCUGUUUGUUAGUGCAAAGUGAAGAGCUCUGGACUAAAUUGGAAGGACUAUGCACAGGAAAGUCAGGAAUGCUUAUAUAAGUGAAUGCAUUGCCUCCUUGACCUAGUCGUGGUCUUUUAAACCCCGAACAAAAGACAAAUUUAGACAUCGGUGUCCCAUUUUCCUGCGAUUUAAAUGAUUUGUAGAGAAGUGAAAGGGGAGAAUCAUAUAUGUCAAAGUAUCACCAUAGGUUGGGUUGCCAUGUUGUGUUUUACAUUAUCAUCAUCUAUUCUCUAUUUAUUUCAUUUUAAUCAUCUUAAUAAAUGGCAUCUGUUUUUAUAGAAAGCAUGCAGUGAGCUUUCCACUGAGUCUGAUUUGCAUAUCUAACUCCAUUACUGCUAUGAAUACAAAACGCCAUCGUUUGGUUAAUCGUAAACGAUUCCCUCGCUUGCAGUAACCUCUGACGUUUUUACUAUUAAUCGUGAGUUGGAACGUUUCAGGCAUUUGAAGAAGGACUACAGUGUAAAGCAAACACCAGGUCAUCUGACAGACAUUUUACACAAAAUGGCGUCUUAUUUAUCCUCACUAUUAUUAUUCUAGCAUCUCGUCUCAUUUCUUUUCUGAUCCAGUCUUUAAAAACGAACAUUCGGAAUGGGAUCUUCUUUAAAGCUUUAACUCUUUCAUAUCCUUAAAAAAAUUUAUUGUUUGACUAUUAACCAAUACAUUGUCAUUUAACAGGUUGAACCAACUAUUAGCUAUGUAUUUAUUGCUCUUGUAUGAAAGAUGAAAUGUAAUACCAAUAAAAAAUGUGUCAUGAAAGAUUAUUAAUGAAAGACUA